CGAGUUGUUCAAAUGUACGAAGAAAGAACUGGACUAAAGGUCGACCGGUGUGGCCUAUUCAUAGAUGAAACUUACCCAUUUUUAGGGGCUAGCCCAGAUGGAUUAGUGGAAAGCGAAGGCCUGAUAGAAGUCAAAUGUCUAUAUUCAAUUAAGGACACUUCUAUCGAAGACCACUUGAAAAGUAACAAAACCACAUGUAUUGAACUUGUCAGCGGAAAGCUUCGACUAAAAAAAGUCACGACUACUAUUUUCAAAUUCAAGGUCAGUUGAACAUUGCCAAAAGAAAGUGGUGUGACUUCGUAGUUUUCACCAGAAAAGGAGAGUUGUUUGUUGAGAGGAUUGUUAUUGAUGAGGAAUUCUGGGCAAAAGUACUACCUAAAUUAGUACAGUUCUACCAGGAAUGCAUUUUGCCGGAAAUCAUCGACAGUCGCCUAGUUAGAAAUUUGAGGAUAAGGAAUCCCCCCUCCAUCAUUGAGGCCCAGCAACGAUUGAAAAACCGACCUAAAAGAGGGAAAAAAGUUCAGGGUUGCCACCAGCCAUGAAAACCUUGAAAAGCGUGAAUUAUGCGUGAAUUUAGGUGACCAUGAAAAAGUGCGUGAAUUAUGCGUGAAUUUCGUCAUUGGACCAUGAAUUCUCAAAAUCAUUAUUAACAAUUCAGCCAAAACCCCUAAAUGUGCUGAAUCAAAUACUCCGUAUUAAAACCAUUCUCGAAAUGAACACCGAGAUAAAACGUCAAAGUGGGAGUGUCGAGAUAAAAAGUUUUGUUGCCAUGGCACGAACAGAAACGAUUGCGUAGUUUAUUCAAGGUCAAAUCCGAUCGCAACCGACGUCAGCCGAGUAGUCUAGAGAUGGGAAUUAUCGUUGUUGUCCGGCAACGGUUAUAACGAUAACGCAGCUGCCCAAUAACGUAUUGCGGCAACCUGUUAUUUCAAUAACGAUUGCCAGCUCGUUGCCGCUAUAAACCGUUGUCCGCCGGUCGGUGUUGCUGUUGCGGCGUUCAGUUAUCAUUGUCGGUUGAUCAGUUCAGUUUUCAGUUGUAAUCGGGACUCGGGAGUCGGGCGUUGCCGCGUUGUCCAGACAGGAUGCGUUAUUCUAGUUCGUUUCAGAAGUUAUCGUUGCUCUGGUCUGGUAGCGUUGCGGCAACGGCACUAAUGGCAAUGCAUGUUUUCGUUUUCGUUGUCGCGCGGCUUUCCUGCAACAUUGUGUAGAUAGAUACGUUAUUAUAAUAACAGGGAGUUCUCUGCAACGUGUUGCCGCGAUAACGUUGCCGUGGCCGCAACACUGUUAUUCAUCCUGUUAUUCCUGUUAUGUUAUAACGCCCAUCUCUACCACCGAGUUAUUGUCUGUGCGAGUACCGAUCUACCGAUAAAAUCGAUGCUUUCGGAGCUAAAACAUCGAUCACAUCGAUGUUUGUUCCGAGUUUCUCGUCUGUUGUCUGUUCUCUGCACUGUAACAGCCAAUUAACCUAAAACCAAUACAAUUCAGUUACGGAAAACAUCAAUAUUUCAUAUUUCAUUACUUUUGUUGGCCUAAAAGACCGAUGUAACAAACCAAAUCAUCGGUUCGGUAAUCUACCAUCGAUGUAAACAAAUAACUUCGAACAUCGAUAGAAAAGACAUCGAUGUUUCGAAAACAUCGACAAUCGGAAUUGAUGCUCGCUCUCAUUCUCUACUCUCUACUCUAGUGUCUAGUCUAGUGUUCGUGUGGAAGGAAAUACAGAGUAACCAUAACCUAAAAGUUUUAAACUGAUCUGAAACAGGGCGGGUUUCUGAGUCAGGGAUUUAUAAGUCCAGAACUAGGCUAGUCAUGGAUUAAAAUUAGUCAUGUACUAAAAAUUCACUUUCUGAGUCAAGGAUUAAGGACACACGGACUAAUUUAACGCGGGUACUUAGUUUAGUCGGAGAUUAAAAGAGCUCAUGAUUUUCAAGGGAAAUGUGGGGUUAUUUGUGCCGCCGUGCUGGCAACACUGUCAGUUUGACGUGCGUGCACUCUGCUCUGAAGAAGUGAAGAAGUAAACAAACAACGAUCUCGAUCUCAGUCAAACCUUGGUUUUAAAGCUUAUUUCUGUUUUUAUUCAUUUAUCAUUGUAAUAUAUUCUAUUAUUGUUAUAAACUAGUUGUAUCAUAAAAUUUUAAAGGCGUUUUAAAGGUGGGAUUGGUGUUUCAUCCCAUUUCUUUUAAAUAAGUUACCUACAUAACAGUUCUUGGGCAUCUGCUCAGCUUCCAGCUUUGUUUUUUGGACUGUGGUAUUUUAUCCGUUGUUUUAUAAAUAGUUAAGCUAAAUUGCAUCAUGGCCUCAUCAGAUGAGACUAAAAAAAUUUCAAGAAACAGAGGGCCAAAAUUUUCAUGUCAGGAAUUAAAUAUCCUGACCAGACUGAUUAAUGAAAAUCCUGUCAUAGAAAAAAAACAGCAUGACAAAAACAAUGAGUACUUAAAAAAGUGUUCCUGGAUUAAAAUCCAUGAAAAAUUCAACAUGGAAUUUGAGACCACCUCAAGAACACUGGAACAGCUCAAGAAUGCCUGGAAGAGAAUGAAGGGUGCACGAAAAAGAGAGUUGGCAGUUGAAAGGCGGCAAAAGUUUGCUACAGGAGGUGGACCCCCCCCUCCCAGUGUCCCCGAGGAUGACACAAAGAAGAUACUGGAUGGCAUUCUCUCAAACCAAACCCCCCUGUCUCGCAUCCCUGAUGAUGAUGACAUAGAUUCCCUGGAAAAUUGUCACUAUUCAUUAGAAGAGGAAACCCUCAGUGCCCAUUUGGACUCACCCCUCCAACAAACAACCCCUCCUCCAUCUACUUCUUGGAAUACUUUCCCUGCUGAAAUUUCUUCCGAAACUCCAAGUUUAGCACCACCAAACCCCUCGUAUUCACCAAAAAGUGGUGUUAAAAAAAAUAAAACCCCAAAAAAAAUUUCUACCUUUGCCAAACAAUUUCAUGACCGGAAAAUGGCCUAUCUGAAAGAAGAACACGAUCUUAAGAUGCAGGUAUUGCAUGAAGAGCUCUUGUACUGGCAGGAAAUGAGAGAGAAAAACCAACAACAAGUUGUUCUCUACCAGGGAGAUGUAGAACUCUAGAAAUUGAUGUGUGCUACCCCUGCUACCUUGUUUCUUUUGCUUGUGAUAUUUAUAUCUUUUUCAAUUUAUUCUUUUUGUUUUGUCUCAAGUACCAAUUUGAACAGUAGUUAAAAAUUAUUAUGCAUGAAAUAGUUUCUGUAUGCAUGUAAAUAACAAAUGUAAGAGCAUGUAAAUAGUUGUAUGGUAAACCUAAGGUUGGAGGAUCGACCUGAAGCAUGUCUCGGGUGUUACUAGUGUUAUUAUUAUUUUGUGUUGUCUGCUUCUUUGUGUGUUUUUGUUGUAUUUGUUAAAAUCUUAAACAAUAUAGGUACAAUCUUUGAACCACAUAAACAGGUUUUUGUAAAAAAAAAAAACAAAAAAAAACUGUAUUUAAUUAAAAGUGUCUGUCAGCAAUUUUUCUUUUUUACU